AUGGUCAGAACAAAUCAAACUGCUCGCAAAUCUACCGGAGGAAAAGCUCCAAGGAAGCAACUGGCGACUAAGGCGGCCAGGAAAUCUGCUCCGGCGACCGGAGGAGUGAAAAAGCCUCACAGAUUCAGGCCGGGAACAGUCGCGCUGAGGGAAAUCCGUACGUAUCAGAAAAGCACUGAACUUUUGAUCAGGAAACUUCCGUUUCAAAGACUAGUAAGAGAGAUUGCUCAGGAUUUUAAGACGAAUCUGAGGUUUCAGAGCAGUGUUGUGGUUGCGCUUCAAGAGGCGUCGGAGGCUUAUUUGGUCGGAUUGUUUGAGGAUACCAAUUUGUGUGCGAUUCAUGCAAAGAGAGUGACAAUCAUGCCGAAAGAUAUGCAGUUGGCUAGGAGGAUCAGAGGCGAGCGAGCCUAG